AUGGAGGAAAGAUACAACAAGCAUGAUAUCAAGAACCCAUCUUUCUCUUCAUCUCUUCUGGAUGAAAUCUACCGAUCUUUUGAUGAUGGUGAACAAAAACAUCAGGAGUUGAAAUUCUAUCGAGAAACAAUGCCGAGGAAACAGAACAAAGAUACUAGUGGGAUUAAGAUUGAACGAGAAGAAGGGAUGUCAGCUCUUCAACGAGCUUGUUUGAUCGAAAAAUGGAUGGAACAGAAGGUGAGUCAAAAGCUCAUCACUCAACAGAGGAGGCAAAACCUGAAAGAAUUCGAGAGAAAAUCACAGCUUGAUCAUGAUCUUGACCAAGAUGUCCUGUUUUUGAGCUCCACUUCAACCUCUUCGGAUUCUAGCUCUGGUGGGUUCUCAUCUUCUGAUACAGAAUCCAUGUAUGGUGGAUUCUCAAGGGCUUCUUCUUUGAAUCCACCAAGGCCUAAGCCAGUCAGGACAAGCGCGUCGGCCCGGUCAGGAAAAACAGAGAGGAUUCUAUUUUAUGAACAGAGGGAAGCGCUUAUGUUCGAUGAUUACCACUACAAUUCUGCUUCAGAACAGACACCAAGGUUUGAAGAGAGCUUAAUCAAGCCCGAAUCAAGAGCCUUAAAGACUUGCCGCAAUCUAAAGAAGGUGAAACAGCCAAUUUCACCGGGUAGCAAGCUCGCAAAUUUCCUUAAUUCCCUCUUCACCACAGGGAACACAAAGAAAUCAAAGAAUUCACCUACCAUUGGAACCUUUGAUGAAGAAAGGAAACUUAACUCAGGGCAAGCAUCAACCUGCUCUUCUGCUUCAUCGUUCUCAAGAUCCUGUUUGAGCAAGCAUUCGCCAUCGACAAGGGAGAAAUUACGCAAUGGGGUUAAAAGAAGUGUCAGAUUUUACCCUGUGAGCGUAAUUGUUGAUGAAGAUUGCAGGCCAGUCGGACACAAAUCAUUAUAUGAUGUGGAAGAAUCAAGUCUAAAGUCUGUUUCUCUGCCAACAGCAUGGAAAAUUGGGAACUCACCAUCAAGAAAAAUAGAUGAUGAGCUUAAGUACCAAGUAGUGGAGAAGAGUAGGAGAAUUGAGGAAGUGGCGAGAGUGUUCUUCAAAGAUUAUCAUCAAAAUAAGAAGAAAAAUGAUGUUAUUAAGAUCGGUGUUGGCGGAAAGUACAAUGAUCGUUUCGAGGAUGACGAUGAAGAUGAGGACGAGGAUGAUGAUGCUGCAAGUUAUUCGAGUUCGGAUUUAUUCGAGCUUGAUCAUCUUGCAGUAAUCGGAAAAGAUCGUAGGUAUUCGGACGAGCUUCCUGUGUAUGGAACUACUCAUCUUGAUACAAAUCAUGCUAUUGCUAGUGGCUUGAUGGUGUAG